AUGAAGAGGAUACAUCUAGAUUUCGGAGAUUCGGACCCAGGACCCUCACGAGAGAAAAGAAAGAAAACAACGGAGAGAGCGAGGAGUCUGGAGGAGCAGUGGGUCCCAGAUAAGUGCUGCAGGGAGGAGAAAAGGAAAAGAGAGGAGAGCAAUAAAGGAGGAGCUGACACCGUGAGACCAGCUAAGUCUUCGAGGCUUGACCCGCUCAGUGUCUCCAGCUAUGACAUCUUCUCUAAGCUGGGAGCUGGAGGAUUUGGCAAAGUCAUGCUGGCCAAACUGAAAGGCAGGGGGCCAUAUGUGGCACUAAAAUCAAUAAGAAAAGCAGAGGAGACCAACUACAGCAACCUUGCCACUGAGGCACACGUUCUGAAAAUCUCAACGGAUUGCCGAUUCCUCUGCCAAGGCUAUGCUGCUUUUGAAACCCAGCGGCAUGCCUUCUAUGUUAUGGAGUAUCUGAGCGGGGGAAACCUAGGAGACGAGUUGGAUAAACGCGGCCGGUUUGAUAUGGACAGAGUCCGGUUCUAUUCAGCAGAGAUUAUUUGUGGCCUGCAAUUCCUGCAUAGCAAAGGGAUCAUCCAUCGGUCAGUAUAGAUUUUUUCAUCUCUAUAACAUAAUACAG